AAUAAACAGAUGAAGGCGGCUGCGGGGCCUGUGCCACCCCCGAUGGGAGGAGAAGAGGACGGAGCAGAGGGCAGGUCCAGCAGGGCGCGGUCUCCUUCUUCUCCCGCGGCACCUCAUCUGCACUGUAGUAGGAUCUCUUCCAUUUCCAUUUCUGCCAACAGCCCUGCGCCACAGGGACGCAUUGAGAACAAACCCGAGAGGCAGAAACCGCUGCGGGGACACCCUUUGACCGCUGUGCCCAACAGGCGCAGCCUGCCUACGCACCGCGCGCCUCCCUGUCUGUCUGUAGCCCUUUUUCUCACAGCUCCGACACAGAGAGACCGCUUUGAACCUGCCUGCCAAGAUAAACUCACCUCGCCUAUUUAUGCCCCUGCCUCUGCGUGCACUCGGGACAGGGGAGUGUCAGCACAGCAGCGCACAGGUUCAGCCCCGCGGCGCACUGGCCACUUUUACGCGCCGGGAAUGGCGACUUUUAGGGACUCGGGGAUGAGUCCUGCGCUGGUACCUCCGCUUUAAAAUAACCAAGGGGGACCCACGCGAGGGGACACAGCAGACCAAAUACAGCGGUGACAUUUUGGCACCCGCCUGGGGGGUGACACACCGGCCCCGGGGCGGAAUGCUACUCCCGACGCUGGUGACGUGCCUCGCCGGGUGCGCCUUUCUCCUCUCACCGCUCAGCGAAGGCUGUGGACCGGGUCGAGGUUAUGGCAAGAGGCGGCCACAGAGGAAGCUCGUUCCGCUCGCUUACAAACAAUUUAGCCCCAACGUAGCCGAGAAGACGUUGGGGGCCAGUGGAAGAUACGAAGGGAAAAUAACCCGGAACUCUGAGCGCUUCAAGGAGCUCACCCCCAACUACAACCCCGACAUCAUCUUCAAGGAUGAGGAGAACACAGGUGCAGACCGCAUGAUGACACAGCGCUGCAAAGACAAGCUGAACUCGCUCGCCAUCUCGGUAAUGAACCUCUGGCCCGGGGUGCGGCUGCGGGUGACGGAGGGCUGGGACGAGGACGGCCACCACUCGGAGGAGUCGCUGCACUACGAGGGACGGGCGGUGGACAUCACCACCUCGGACCGCGACAGGAAUAAAUACGCCAUGCUGGCGCGACUGGCGGUGGAGGCCGGAUUCGACUGGGUCUACUACGAGUCCAAAGCCCACAUACACUGCAGCGUCAAGUCAGAUCAUUCUGUGGCGGCCAAGUCUGGAGGUUGUUUCCCCGGAGAGGCUUUGGUCACGUUGGAGAGCGGCGUUCAGAAGUCUAUGGGUGACCUGCGGCCCGGCGAGCGCGUCCUGGCCUCCUCGGGCAGUGACGGCAGCGGUGAGCUGCUCUACAGUGAAGUCCUCGCCUUCCUGGACCACGACCCCAAAACCCGGAAACUCUUUCAUACUCUGCAGACACAAUCCGGGGCGCAGCUCUCCCUCACUGCUGCUCACCUGAUAUUUGUGUCCGAGGGGAACUGCUCGGAGGGGGCGGAGCCCGCCCUCGGCGCCCUCAGGACUGUGUACGCCAGCGAUGUCGCGCCGGGACAGUGUGUGCUGGUGUCUGGGGGCGAAAGACACAGAGACGGGCGUCUGUCUCGGGUCACGCGCGUCAGCCUGAGGGAGGGGAGGGGGGCGUUUGCACCGCUCACCCGGCGGGGAACGGUGGUGGUGGACGGGGUGGUGGCGUCCUGCUACGCUGUCGUGGAUGGACACGGCCUGGCUCACUGGGCCUUCUCGCCGCUGCGGCUGCUGCACAGCUGGACCGGCACGGCCGGACCCCACGGCGACGGGAUCCACUGGUACUCUCAGGUUUUACACUGGCUGGGGAAGCUGCUGUUGGACACGGGACGUCUCCACCCACUGGGCGUGGCUCAGGACGACAGGUGAGGGAGGGCGGGGGUUUACGGUGGGAAAACAAAAAAAGGAACAUAAAGGAAACGGGAACCCUUCACUUUGUGACGAAUACAAACCUGCAGAGCUGAACAGGAAACACAAUGAACUUCCUUCAAGGAUUGGAGACGUUUGGGUUCCUGGCUGAGGCCCGAGGAGAGUUUUUUUUAACUGGAAGGAAAAAUCUGUGAACUGACACAGAAGAAAGAAUUCUCUUUAAAAAAAAACAACACAUGGUGAUUUCAAGAGCACUCAGAGUUUCCAUGUAUUUGUCUCCUCAAAAACAACAAUGAUUUACUCUUAAUUUAUCCCAGAAAACACAACAAGCACCUUAAUAGUUUGGGACAGGAGUCGAGAUGCUGUUCUACGCGGAGGAAAUGAGCAUAGUGUAGCUUUAAAUAAAGGACAUUUUGUGGGAUUCAGGUUAAGAGGUUUGGGCUUAAUGACUGUAAAAUAAAUGAAUAUCACUCUUUAAGUGUAGGAUUGUUUAAAUGAUGAUAUAAUUUAUCCAACCAGUACAUUGAAAUAUAGUUCAAUUAUGAAAGCACUUUUAUUUUGAAGGACAGCUUCUCCUUUAAUUGAGGGAUUUCUACCCUUAACUGUACAAA